AUGCAGCACGAGCAUGAGCAGCAUCAAAUACCAUAUUACCUUACCCUUGCCAAAUGUUUCCCCCGUGUCUCCCCUGCCAGACUGAGCAUCGUGCCAAACACCACAAACAAAAAGCCCCGACGAGGCAGAACCACACCGCUGCUGCACCGGCACCUCCACCAGAGGCAUAGGACAACUCGGCGCAGCACGACAGUGUCUCGGGCACGGUUUCUGGGCUCUAUGGGGGACCUCAGGGCCAAACUACGCGCCAAGUUCCCACGACGACACUCGGGCGUCCCAUCGCUCGUCUCGAACCGGAGCACCAAAAGCAACAAGAGCAACAGCAGCAACAAGAGCGAGAGCCGCCCCGAGUCGGAAUGCACGGCCAAGGGCUUCGAGCAGCCUCCCGCUUCCCCCGCCGCGGCGGCUGCUGACCACGGCCACGAGGACAGCAGCCACGGGGGAAGCGGGCUACAAACCGGCGUGUCCGUGCCAGCAGCCGGCAUCGAGGAAACACAAGCGAGAGACAAGCAGCUCCUGAGACACGGCGAACCAGGAAAACAAGAAUCUGAAGAAGACACAAAAACAUCCACCGACGUCAGCGAUACUACUGUCGCUGCUGCCUCUCCAGCGGCUUCUCCGGCGACCUCUCCACUGCGCGCCGCCAGAACCAGAAGAGCCGCGGGCAGUGGAUUCACAGGCGGGAACACGGCUAAGAAUUCCACUAACGAUUCCUCUCCACGGACCAUCCAAGCGAUGCCUAUCCUGCUGACCCCUGCCGCCACCCUGGAUUCUCUUGCCGACACCGACCACACUCACGACGUCAGCGACAGCGACCGACGCAUUUCGACCGCCAGUCGACUCUCAGCCCUUUCCAGAAUCAACGAGAGCACCGCCGACGACGAGAGCAGGCCUACCUCGGCGUACUACACCACCUCCAAACCCACCACCUCCGACCCGAUUGACCCGGCGACAGCCACAUCACAACAAACAAGCGAGUUGGCAAAUUCGGCUUCGCAAGCGCAGCGACGACCCGCUGUCAGGUCAGCGCCCUCGCAGGGACGACAAAGCUCGCUGCCGAGCCGCCAGAACACACUCAUACGCACGCUUCUAAGCACAACUCAUGCCGAUGACCUCGACCUCGCCGCCGCUAGCGAACAAUUGUUGCCAUUCGGUGCAACCAUGGUGACGCGCAAGAUCUGGGUGAGGCGGCCGGGAGGGUCAGCCACCAUGGUGACGAUCAACGAGGACGACUUGGUGGACGACGUGCGAGACAUGAUCUUGAGAAAGUAUGCCAACUCACUAGGUCGCCAGUUUGAUGCUCCCGAUUUGGCUCUGAGGAUCAUCCCGCGGGAGCCCCAACGGCAGGAACGCAAUUUGGGCCCUGAAGAACACAUGGCACGCACUCUGGAUGCGUACUUUCCUGGUGGGCAGUCAGUUGACGAGGCCCUCGUCAUUGACGUCCCGAUCCCCCAACGUCGGACGCCGAGAGCCUCCCCUCGUACAGGACCCCCACACGCACAGCAUUUGACAUCCGCCUUCUUUGACGACAACCGACCGGCAGAAUCCGGCACAGACUACUUCGGCCCCGGAGCUGUUGGGCAGGUUCCAGUUACCGUAGCCGCUCCAGUCACGAACGGGACCAUACACGCGCAUUCCAUGACGGUGGUCAAUACGGGACAGGUGCCUCCCAUUCCCUCUCCCGGAGGCACUUGGUCUAGGACGUACAAAGAGAGGCCAGACCGGCCACGACUAGGGAGACAGCACACUUCGUCGCCAACAAUUCUCAAUGUUAUCGGCGCCGGCGGCCACGCUGCCGCCAUCGCUGCUGCCGCACCCCACGACCAAUCGGGUGGCGGAACCCUCCCUCUCACCACCACAACGGCACCAGUUCCUCCACCGCUGCCCACGCCGCCUGCCCCCGCAGCGACAACUCCAGUCCCUUCAGCAACAGCACCAGCACCAGCAACAGCACCAACACCAGCACCAGCACCAGCACCAGCACCAGCACCAGUACCAGCAGCCACACCACCACCCAGGGCAGCGUCUCCCAGAAUUUCGGCCGUCGCCCGGCCGAAAAAGAAGAAGGCUACCGACACGCCUUCUCUGCCGGCUGGAAUCAUGCUCAAUGACGGGGUGCCACCCAUCAACGUUCUGAUUGUCGAAGACAACAUUAUCAAUCUUCGGCUGCUCGAAGCGUUUGUGAAGCGGCUCAAGGUGCGGUGGCAGACCGCUAUGAACGGUCGUGAGGCCGUGACCAAGUGGAGAAAAGGUGGUUUUCAUCUUGUGCUCAUGGAUAUUCAGCUCCCCAUCAUGAGCGGCCUGGAGGCCACGAGGGAGAUUCGGCGUUUGGAGCGGGUCAACUCGAUCGGUGCUUUCUCAUCCAUGCCCACCGGGACCGUCAGUAGAAGGAACGGCGGCAAUAGAAACGAUGAGAAAGCCGAAGCCGAGGAGGCCACGACAGCCUCGGAGAAGGAGCCCGAAACGAACGGAACGACGAAGUCCAACGAAAAGGCAGAGGGAAAUGCGGAGGAGGAUAUCCUUCCCAAUAGGGCCAUGUUCAAGAGUCCGGUGAUUAUCGUGGCUUUGACGGCCAGCUCGUUGCAGAGUGAUCGACACGAAGCUUUGGCGGCUGGUUGCAACGAUUUCCUAACAAAGCCCGUCAGUUAUGUGUGGCUUCAAAACAAACUGAAGGAGUGGGGGUGUAUGAUCAGUCUGAUCGACUUUGACGGCUGGAGAAAGUGGAAGAAUUCAGCGGCCAAUUCGGAGAAUGAGACAGCCAAGAGGUGGGCUAAAAAGAAGGAAAAGUCGGAGGAGAAGGCGGUUACGAAGGGUUAG